GCCUUCGUGGGAGCACGCCACGCCGCACACCCGCUCCCCCUCUCGGAUUUUUCAGUUUUGCCUCCUCUUUAGCACCUUCGGACUCCCCGAUGGCGGCAACCCGAAGCGCGGCCAUCUCUGCCGCCACGAUCGUUGCGCUACGCGGCUUCCGCGGGCGCCGUCUGCCACCCUGCCUCGCGUUACCUGCGCGAGAGGCAUCAGGAGGAGGCGCCACCUCAACCUCUAAGAAGAUUCUCCCGCGCUCUGCUCUGCGUGCCAGCGCCUCCCAAGCCUUCACCGCCGGCGUGCCCGACGAGGCUGUUGCGGAACCUUUGGUGGAAGCGGAGCCGGUGGCCGAGCUGGGCAAACUGGCCUGCCCAAUCUGCUACUACCCGCUCGUAAGCUCGCUCGAUCAGUCCGCGCCGUCAAAAUCCGAUUCUAGCCUUGAAUGUCCUACUUGCAAGAAAGUUUACUCCGACGAGGAUGGUUACUGGGAUCUGACGGUGGCAGUUGGUUCUACCGAGUACUCUGAGUCCAUGCCGGCAGCAACUGAGCUUUUUAGGACCCAACUGGUAUCAUUUCUUUAUGAGAGAGGAUGGCGCCAAAAUUUCAUAUGGGGUGGUUUCCCAGGCCUAGAGAGAGAGUUCGAGAUGGCUAAAACUUAUUUGAAGCCAACAACUGGAGGGAUUAUAGUUGAUGCAAGUUGUGGAAGUGGCUUAUUUUCAAGAUUAUUUGUUACAAGUGAAAUUUAUUCUCUUGUUGUCGCACUAGAUUUCUCAGAGAACAUGUUGAAGCAGUGCAAAGAAUUCAUCAAGCAAGAAAACAUUUCAGAUGAGAGGUUAGCACUGGUGAGAGCUGAUAUAUCGAGACUCCCAUUUGUGAAUGGUUCAAUUGAUGUUGUGCAUGCAGGUGCUGCACUUCAUUGUUGGCCAUCCCCAGCUUGUGCUGUUGCAGAAAUUAGUCGAGUCCUUCGCCCUGGUGGUAUUUUUGUCGCUUCUACUUUCGUAGCAGAUGUCCUUCCACCAGUUGUCCCUUUGUUGAGGAUCGGACGUUCGUACAUUGGUCAACUCACUGGCAAUAAUACCUUCUUAUCAGAAGCAGAGCUUGAAGAUCUUUGCAAGGCAUGCGGGCUGGUUGAUUUCACAUUUGUCAGAAAUGGAUUCUAUAUUAUAUUCUCUGCUACUAAAACAAACUAGUUAAAUAACUAUAGGGUAAGCUGUAACUCCAUCGCACAAUUGCGUAUAUUUUACAUCGGUUCUUAAUUGAAUGAAUGAAUUGUACUUUACUUUAAAUAUUUUAUUUUGUUGUCACAGGUGUUUGUAUGCAUGUCCUUUAGUUUUGCUUAAGGGUAGUCUGAUGUGUAUAUACUGAUACAUAAGUUUUACUUGAUCAACCCAAUUGUGAGAUUGAUCAUAUCAAUUCAUUGUGUAAAGCAAGAGAGGUCUUUAAACCUGUAUGUGAGAAAUAUGAAAUGAAAUGUCUGUAUAUCCUGGUCA